AUGUCCCGCGCCAAGGCCAGCUCCGGGCCCGACAGCCGCGCUCGGCCCCGCAGCGCGUUGAAUGGGGUGACGGUGGCCGUGUCCCUGCAGGAGCCGUCCCUCUACACCGUCAAAGCCGUCAUCAUCCUGGACAACGAUGGCGACCGGCUCUUUGCCAAGUACUACGAUGACACGUACCCCAGCGCCAAGGAGCAGAAAGCCUUCGAGAAGAACAUCUUCAACAAGACCCACCGCACCGACAGCGAGAUCGCGCUGCUCGAGGGGCUGACCGUCGUCUACAAGAGCAGCAUCGACCUCUACUUCUACGUCAUCGGCAGCUCCCACGAGAACGAGCUGAUGCUCACGGCCGUCCUCAACUGCCUCUUCGACUCGCUCAGCCAGAUGCUGCGGUACGACGGGUCCUGGGGGGGGCCACCCAUGGCCCUGGGGGGCUACCCGUGGCCCUGGGGGGGCACCCAUGGUCCUGUGGGGUCACAGGGCUUGGCACCGGUGCCCGGCGCGGUGACGGUGUAG